GCGUCUGCGGGCUGCCACGUCGACCGGCCGAGACGCAGACCCCUCGGCCUCAAGCUCGUCUUAGCGUGCCCCUUGACAGUCCGACCGGGACGGGAAGCGAGCCAUGGAGCAUCUCUGCGGCGCUCGCUGGGCAGCAGCAUUGCGUCUUGCGGCCCCCGUCUCCGCGUCUUGGCCAUGCAAAUGUCGUUCCUCGCGAUCGAGGCUGCCUGCUCGUCCAGGCUCAGCCGCGCGGUCGCGGCCGUUCCCAGCGCAACAAAGGAGGAACUGCGCACCGUGUGGAGACGACCUACUGGUUCCGCCGGACGGCAUGAGGCCUGCAUCGAGGUGCCUUUGCGGCAGGCACACGGCGCAACUUUGCGAGAUGCUCCACGUCAGACGGUGGCGCUUGCGCGCGCCGCACGCGAUGGCCCGCCAACGCAGGCGAGGAGGCGCAGACGACACAGCGCCAUGGCGUUGCACCUCAGCGGUCGCCGCCUUGCCAUGCGCUUCUGCCGCGGUCGAGACUGCGGUGCGACCUGCGAGGUGCCUCCUGCAGCUGGCGCUCGCCGGGAGCGGACUUGGACGCGCGCGCGCCCGGCGGAGCGGCCUGGCGACGAGCUCGUCGAGUCAAUCAGCUCGGGUCGCCUUCUCUGCGCUGCGUGCGUCUGCAUGCAGAUGCAGCGCUCGGCGCAGGCGCCUUCUCACGGCAAGCCGCACGACCGCAAGUUGCUGUUUGCUGCGCGCCUCGUGGGCCCUCGCGGAGUGGCAAAGCCGGAGGCGGUGCGAUCACCCCUUCGCCUGCUCCUGAGGCGCUGCAUCUGCGACGAGCCCGCUGCGAGCUGCCGGCGAGCGAAGGACGCAGGGUCUGCUGCAGCGCAGCGAGCGGUGCAUGGAUGGCGGCACGCCGCUGCCGACGCCGCUGGCCCACGCGCGCAGCGGUGCCUCGAGCGGAGGCUGAAAGCCGUCUCGUCGAGAGCUCCCCGGCUGCGGCUGCACCUGGGCACCGACGCAGCGCGCAGCUUGCAGCGGGUGUGCGGGCGCUGCUGUUCAACUCCGCGGCACCAGCUCGCCGCCGGGAGGGACGCCUCAGCGCUCAGGCACGCCGAGCGGAGAGGCGUCGCAGCACAGCACGGCACCGCAGCCGGCACCCCCUCGCGAUGGCCCGGAUGCUCUUCGUUGCGCCGUCGCUCGUCGCUCGGCGCGCCUCCCGGUGCCGCGCCUCUCCUUCUCGCCGCCGCCCAUGCAGUGCGCUGCAUGCCAACGUCGCUGCAUGAGAUUGGCCGCCGCCGAGCGCCGCCGUUCGCACACUCAAAGUCGAUCAUAGCGUCAUGCAUGACUGUCCGGCACCCACAGAGAAGUCUCGCGGGCAGACGCGAGAUCUCGGCGUCGCCAGCCUCGGAUGCCGCUGCGGCUGCGCCGCGACAUGCUUGCGUCCGUCGGCUGGCCGCUGGCGAGCAGACCUCGCAGGACGACCGUGCGGACUUGGGAGAGCUGCUCUGCGGCGCGCCUGAGUCAGCGAGCGAGGUCGUCCAUGCGGUGUGGUCGCUGCCUUGGCGCGCGAGCGGCGACGAACAGCGAGACGCAAGCGUGGGCACGCCAUGGUCUCGAGCACCGACACCGCAGCCGCCGCUUCCACCGCCGCUUGCAGCGACGAGACUCGGCCUCCAUCCCGCGCCGUGCCACGGCUUGCUCUUGCUCUGCGCCUGACAGCAUCGCUGUGCUUCGUCCUAGGUCGUCCUUGAACAUCGGC